GCCGCGGGCGCCCUCGCGGCGGGCAGCCUUCGUUUCGCUCGCGCGGCGGCGGCGGCGGCGCUGUUGGCGGAGGGGACCCGGGACACCUGGAUGCCCCCGGCCCCGGCUCCUCCGACGCGAUGGGGAAGGUGCUGUCCAAAAUCUUCGGGAACAAGGAGAUGCGGAUCCUCAUGCUGGGUCUGGACGCGGCCGGCAAGACGACCAUCCUGUACAAGUUGAAGCUGGGCCAGUCGGUGACCACCAUCCCCACCGUGGGCUUCAACGUGGAGACGGUGACUUACAAAAACGUCAAGUUCAACGUGUGGGAUGUGGGCGGCCAGGACAAGAUCCGGCCGCUCUGGCGGCAUUACUACACCGGGACCCAGGGUCUGAUCUUCGUCGUGGACUGCGCCGACCGCGACCGCAUCGACGAGGCCCGCCAGGAGCUGCACCGCAUUAUCAAUGACCGGGAGAUGAGGGACGCCAUAAUCCUCAUCUUCGCCAACAAGCAGGACCUGCCCGAUGCCAUGAAACCCCACGAGAUCCAGGAGAAACUGGGCCUGACCCGGAUUCGGGACAGGAACUGGUAUGUGCAGCCCUCCUGUGCCACCUCGGGGGACGGACUUUACGAGGGGCUCACAUGGUUAACCUCUAACUACAAAUCCUAAUGAGCCUUCUCCACCCAUCCCCCGGAAGGAGAGAAAUCAAAAACCCAUUCAUAGGAUUAUCGCCACCAUCAUCACCUCUUUCAAUUGCCACUUUCUCUUCUUUUGAAUUUGAACUCUGGAGUUACUGUUCUACGGUUGGGGGGGGCGGUUGGGUUUUCUUUUUUCUUUCUAUUUUUGGCUUUGCGUUAGAUUGCUCUGAUAUGACAUUGACAUGAACACAGUGCUAGAUGCUCUUGUUGACCUCCAACAAAAUGGGGUGGGGGAAAUAGCAUUUCUUGGGAAAGUCCUUUAUAAUGGUUUGAUUUUUUUUUUUUUUUUUAAUUUUGAUUUUUUUUUUCCAAUGUAUGCUUUUUUUUCCUUUUUGCCCAGUUUCCUUAUCACUUGCUGUAGAUGGCUUAUUUUGCAUCCAUGCAGACUAUGUUGCAAGUCUGUUUCAUCUAGUAAACUGAAAAUUAUUGCUUAAUCAAACUGCCGUUUGUCUUUUAUAUUUAAGGCCUCCCCCCAACCCUCCCUCAUUAGUUCUAUCUUUAAUUUAGUAAUUUCAAAUGUGAUCUUUUAUAUCUAAGACCAGUAUGGUAAAUUUAGCCCACAGUGGCAAAUAAUGAGUAAUAUCAUUGUAACAUGUUCCAGUUGAACAUCAGUAUGUUAAACAGGUAAUGUAAGAAGUUGUUUGAAAUGUUAGCUAUUAAGUUCUGAAACACAUCAUGCAUGAGUAGGAAUAAAACCCAAGUUUCCCAUAACAUAGCUAACAGCAUAAAAACAUGAAAGUGCAACCUGUCAAGGGCAGAGUUUUUUCCACUGCAAAAGUUAGUAGUAACUUUGCUGUUUUCCCUCCUUAAAAUAGACUCCUUCCAGAAAAUGGAGCAAUAAUGGUAUAUGCCACAGACAGAUGAAACAUUUGUAGAUAUUUUAAAUGACUUGGGCAAAACUGGAAUAUAUACUUUUGUUUCAAACAUCUAAGACCAGUAGUUUUAAAAUUACUAAAAUGUUUAUUCACUCAUAAAAGCAUUUAACAGUUUAGAUUAUAUGCACCUUUUGCCUAGUUGGAGAAAUACACAUUCCUAUUUUCACAUUACAGCAAUCAGUUAAGCUGAAGGUGUAAGUCAUUUUUUUAUAGAUGAAUGAUCCACAUCUCCAUUAAUUAGAACACUGGAAAAAAUUUUAUAAGGUAUUUAAUUUUGCUUGAUUAUAGGAUUAAUUCAUGCAAAUAGAUAUCCUGUGGGUUCAAUAGUACACUGUCUCCUUUAAGAAAGGCAAUGUGAUGUGUGAAUGAUGGGUAGAUUUCAGGAAUGACCAAGGGGAAGUGAGAUUAGAACCUACAGAUGACAAUGAAUGUAAACUUUUCUUCAAGGGUAAGCAGUUUGCUCACUGGUGAUAGCCAGAUCCUAACAAGGUUAGCUGGUGGGGACCUGUAACUAGAUUGAGACCACUAUGUUGAUAUUUUGAACCAAAUGUUAAUGCUUGAUUCAGAAUUGUGAAGCAGCAUCUGGUUCUAGCCUUAAGGAUUAAGUUUAGCGAUCCUCAAGGAAUUAAACUUAGGGAAUUUCAGAAAUGUAGAGUGCAAAGGCAGUAUACAGGAAAAGGCGAGGUGGGUUUUGUUUAUGAGGGUAUCUGAAAACUAAAAAUGAGCGGGAUAUCAUGGUAUAGUUGGACAGUAUUAGUCCUUCACGUUUUGGCCAUAUUGUACAAUGGAGCUUUUACCAAAGACGUAUGAGAAGCAUAAGGAUAUUAAAAACUGUUCAAAGUAAAACUCAACAUUUAAAGCAGAUGAGAAAAGGUGCUAUGUUGUAGGAUCCUGGCACAGAGGGUUUUUUUAAAUUCAAACGCAACUAAAGUAUAAAGUUCUCAGUUUCACUUUGGUAGUAUCUGUAGAAAUGAAGCUGAUAAAUACAUUUAAGAAUAUUUUGGUUGCUUUUUAAAAUUCCCAAAGCUCCACCAUAAAUGUAAUUGUUGGUGUUUUAAAUGAUUACAUUUUAGGGUACAUAAACAAGGGUUAUACAAAUAUCAAUGCUAUAGUAACAUCCUGAAACAAGCACAAAAAGUAUAAAUGCCUAAACUGGAGGAAACUUGAAACCCUCAUGUUAAUUCUUAAAUGUAGUAUUUCUAACUUGUGGCGGACAGAUAGGUAGGCAGCCAUUUUUUUUGUGUCUUAAAAAUAACUGGGGGGCAUAGUUAAAAUUUUAUACAUCAAGUGAUUGCUGUUACUGAAUGUUGCAGGUGAGAUGUGGUUUAUAUUUUAGUUUAUUGAAAUGUCUGACUGAAAAAGGGGGAGGGGGAGGCAAAUAUUUGAAAUUUGGAAAAUCCUGAACCUUUUGGAAAGAAAUCGUAAUUCUCACAUUUUCUUGAAGGUAUAAAAGGUUUAUAAUUGAUAUAGUUCAAUUGAGCCAUAACAAUUGGUGAUUGUGCAACAGGUAAUUAUAGCCUGCAAAAAAGUUAUAAUCUUAAGAAUUUAAAAAAUAAGACCCUGAAGGUUUUGUUCAAUUGCAUCAAUUUCUUUCUGUAUUUAUGUGAAAUUUUAAAAUGCAGUAAGUUUUGAAUGAGUUAAUCUUGUCUAAUAAGUAAAUGAGUCUGUAGACUGUGAUCUCCCCAAACUAAAAAGUACAGUAUCUGGAAUUGUGUUCUUUAUGGUUGUAGUGUUGGUAAAGCACUAAUAUGCAGAAAAUAAAGGAAUUAUACAGUGCA